CUUCGCGCAGCACACACCAGCUUGUUCUCGUCCCUCAUCACCGCCCUCCUCCCUCGGCCGCCGGCAACCAAUCUGAGUGGGCGGGAGGACCUCCCCAACCCCUGAACCCGCGUCUAUACCCGCCCCUGCGCGCUUAUAAAACCGGCCCGGAUCGCGCCGGAAAGUCUUGGGUCUUCAGAAUCGCUCAGGGUUGCAGCAGAACAUCCCCCCUCCUCCGUCUUAUCCCUCCCCUCUCCAUCAUCCUCUCACUGUUUUUUAGGAGACUCUUUUUACGCAUCAUCCAUCCUCACCCCAUCCACCACCACCACCACCACACUCCACAACUGUAGCGGGACCGUCUUUCUGCAGGCCAGUUGCAUGCAUUGUUCGUCUCCCAAAAUGGUUUGCGAGACUAAAAUCGUUGCGGACGAACACGAGGCUAUACCUGGGACCAAAAAAGAGCCGAUGAUGUGGGGCUCCCCGGCGGCCCCCGGCGCGGUUCUGAGCCCCGCCGCCGAGCCCAAGGAUGUGCGGAGGGACGGGGUGUUUAUCCGCGAGUUCGAGCGGGAGGACCAGGAGGAGGUGCUGCGCAUCUUCCACGAGGGCAUCAUGGAGCGGAUACCCAACUCGGCGUUCAGGGGGAUCUGGCAGCAGCCCCGGACCCAGUUCUUAUACGCCUUUCUGACAGUAAUGUGCUUUUACAUGACCAAAUCUGUCACGCUGACCUGCUGUGCACCGCUCAUUCUCAUGGGUGCGCGCUACUACUACAGCAGGAAAGUUAUCCAGAAUUAUUUGGACUGUGCUCUGAACACGGACAUGGCUGACAUUGAGGCCUAUUACAUGAAACCCACAGGCUCCUGCUUCUGGGUGGCGGUUCUGGACGGGCGCGUUGUGGGCAUCGUGGCAGCGCAGGGCCACGAGGACGACAACACUGUGGAGCUGCGGCGCAUGUCAGUGGACUCUCGCUACCGGGGCAAAGGCAUCGCGAAGGCCCUGGGCCGCCGCGUUCUGGAGUACGCCGUGCGCAACAACUACGCCGCCGUGGUCCUCGGGACGACCGCCGUCAAGUUGGCCGCCCACAAGCUGUACGAGUCGCUGGGCUUCUGCAGGACGAGCCAGAGCGAGGACUACAGGCUACCUGGGAUGAGCCGCUCGCCGCUGGAGAGGCUCUUCUUUCAGAUCCGCCACAGCCGCUACCGCCUGCAGCUCCGUGAGGAGUGAGAGGUGACGGAGAGAGAGAGAGAGAGAGAGAGAUGGAGGAGGGGGAGACGGAGGGAGAGAGGGACAGAGAGAGCAAACACCCUCCUUCACCUUUGAACCCCAACUGCAUCCUCUCCUCUGACAGCUUUUAUUUAUUUUGAGUCGUAGUUAUGUUUGAGUAACCCUUUUGCUAUUUCAUGGUGAAGUCACUAAUGUUUUUUAUUGUUACACUUUUCUUGCUAUAGUUUUUGUAUUUUAAUUUUACACACUGAGUAUAUAUAUAUUUUUAAGUUUCAUUAACCUAACUUUUUGGCAUUCUUGUCCCGCCCUCUCCAUCGGAGAAAUAAAACUACGUAUUAGACAUUUAGCUGGCAUCCAAACCAAUCACUGUCCGGCCUUUGACCCCAGAUUAUGUGGCGCAGAUCAAACCCACCGGAGGGGGUCGGACACGACGAGGUGGUUGAGAGGUGAAGAAGUUUAAUAAUUAUUAUCAGCCCUGGUAAAAAUGUGCGCAAAGACAAAUCUUUAAAGUAAAUGGUUCUCGUUUUAUCUUUCGCUUUUCUCCAAAAACGGUGCAGUGAAACAAUGGAAAAAGGGAAGACCUACUUCCUUCGUUACUUCAAAAUAAGACUCCAAACACAUUUUCCUCACUAAUUUCCUGAUUUAUUUAUGUUCUCUUGUUUUUCCCAUUCUGAAGACCUGCUAAGAGAAACGGGCCUCAGUAGCUGCGUUUCCAUUGGCCACAUAAUUCGGCAAAUUGAAUCCAAAAUAAAUUUGCUUAAUGGCAAUUUAGAAAAAAAAAAAAAAAAGAGUUUUUGCGCUAGAAUGAGGUUGUUUUUCAACCUCAUUGAAAUUUGUGUAUUUCACAAAACUGCUGCGGAAACAUUUUCUGCCAACAACCGGAUGUUACUACUGGCAGAAACGAUGAAGAAAACGACAGGAAGUGGUGGAAGGAUGUUGGCGAACAAUGUUUUUCACGUGAUCUGACUCCGUUAAAGAAAGCAGCAAAACUGCGAAAUUGUGUUUUUUUCUACAUUGGCGAGAUAUUAACAAAAACACAGCCCGUGUUACUUUAUUUAACACCUCAAGAAACAGGAAACACGGAUUACAAAUUAAAAGCUUCAAAACGCGCUCACAAACUAAAAAAAAAGGGUAGAAACUGCAAAACGCUUCAAUUAAAUUGAUGUAUUUUUAUUGCCAAUUAUUGUUUUUAUUGACAAUAAUUAAGUGGUGAUUUUGUUGAACAAUUAUUACAUUUUAAGAUUUCUUUUACACAUCUCUACCAGGGGUGCACAGGUACUUUGUGUGUGCAUUGUGAUGUUUAAUGUAACACAGAAGGACCUCAUUUGACAGCUGGCCUCCGUCUCAAAAAACCAUAUUGGAGCACAGCGAGAGCCGAGUCCCGCAGUGAGGUUUAAGGACGACAGGAUGGCCACCAGAAUAUGCUCAGUGCAUCCUGUACACGCUCAGCAACGCAGUGAAUCCUCCUUAAACGCUCGUCUCUUGUCCUUCCAAACCAAGUACUAAACUUCUUCUCUUCUUGUUUUUAACUUAUUUAAUCGAUGAAUCGUUUGUUUUAUCUCUCCGGAGCUGUGGAUGGGUUUCUGGUUUAAGGUGGAGGGAGGGUGGAGCUCAGAGCCUGAGUGUGUGUGUGAUAACUGAGAGCUUGUCAUGGCGUAUGUAUGCAGAUUCACGAGGAGGCGAGUGUGCUUGACGUUACACCGAGCCUCGAGAGUGUGUGAGGAACCAUUUUCUUUGGCUAAAAGUCAAGUGUUAUCUAACUUAAAUUACUUUAUAUGUGUGCUUAUAAAUUGUUUAUUGAUUAAAUCAAGUUAAAGUCUAACAUUUUGAAUGCAUUAACAGCCUAACUGGAAAAUUUGUCAUUUUCUAACUUUAACAUAGUUCCACGUUUAAAUAUGCAAAUUUUACUGUCAAAACUACGACAAUGACUAAGUAGCUGCAGUCUACGUUUAACAAACAUUCAGGUUAUUGGGUAAAACACGACUAACUAGCAAUACUUUGAAAUGUACAGAACAUGACUGAGCACAAAUUACAACCCAGUAUUAGAACCCAUGUAUUGGCAUGACCAUCAUCCCUUCUGUUCUGUGUUCCUACUGUGUAUAGAGGUGAAAACUCAUGUAGCAAACGCCGAAGUUUCUCUCGUACCUGCUUACUCCGACCAAACAACCAGCAGCAGAUUCAGCAAUCCAUGACUCUGAGCCUAAGUUGUGUCAUCAAACCAUUUUAUAAAGUUAGAUGUACUGCAAAACAUAACAAAAAAAAAAACAAAAACAAAAAAAGCACAUAAUGAAAAAAAAUGGGGGGGAAAACAUAAACGUCAUCGUCACAAAUCAGCACCAUCCCUCACUUUCCUUUACCCUCCUCCCUAUUCAUGAAUUUGACUGCAACCCUGGGCUGGACCAAACAGCCAAUGUCCACCCAUAACCUUCCACGACCUUCUGCAUGUGCCCCCCAACCCCAGAGCCUUGCUGCAAAGCUUUAAUUACUUCAUUUCAAACUGGUUGGACCGGUUCAAGACCCGGUCCCCGGUCAGAGAUCGAUGCGACGCCGCCUCUGCAGCAAGGGGACCGACUGGCAUCAGGUUGCACAUGAUGAACAGUUGCGUGUGUGUGCACGGGCACUAUGCGGAGGAGGCGGACGCACAAGGCCGUGCGUGCGCUUGUGCAGCUGAGAGUUGGUGCAGACGUACAGAUCACGCUUACCGACUGCGGCGCUGCCUGGACGACAUUAUGCCCGCCAGCUCACCAACCACCAACUGUAGAAUGCAAACAGCAAUGCAAGUGUGGCAUGCCUCUGUACCCAGUGUGUGUCCGGUGCCUGCCCUGGAAAUGCAUAGGAGAAAAAAAAACAAACAUAUGUACUAUAUAAAAGAUAUAUAUAUAUCUAUAUACAUAUAUAAAAUAAGAGAAAAUACGCUUUUUUAAGACAGAUAAAUGAGAUAAAUAGGUGUUUCUUUAAAAAAAAAGAAAAAAAGAAGAAUUGUACCAUCUGCAUGAAAUGUGUCUUUGAAUGCAAAUAUAACUUUAAGGAGAGGAACUCUGACCACAUGGCUACAGAAAACACUUGUUUACAUUACUUUGAAUGGUCAAAAUGAUCUGUGACAAUUAUUACCAGCCACAAGCCAGAACUACAAAUCUUUAUGAGGACAAAACUCAUCUAACAGCUGCAAGUUAUUCAGAGUAAAUCCAUCACUGACUGAGGGAGAAGAUAGUUUGUUUCUUUCAUUAUCUUCUGUUAGACCAGCUUUGAAACGUUUAGAAGGCAUUGGAUCGAGGUGCAAAAAGCACAAAUUACAAAAUCCUGUAGGUGUUUACAAAACUACAUGCACCAGCGGACCAAAGUAAAAGCUGAACUUCAAGUUUAGUGUAUUUAAAUAUCUAAAACACUGUUUACUCAAGGCAUGGGCCGGUGGGAGGUUCUCAGGGUGUUCUCAAUAUGUUUUCACUGCAUCGCAUUGUUUACACAAAAAAAAUAUUUCACAUCAUUUAUUUGCUUUAUUUAACUCAGACACGCAACUAUUAUUUUUCCUGCUGCAGAAAUAGUUUGAUAUAUAUGUAUUACAUGUGCAAUUACAGUAAUCGUGUGUGUUAUAAUAAUGUUGCUGAUAACAUUUAUUUAUGAUUUGAUAUGUUGACCUUUGAAUAAAAUGCAGAAUAAACACCUGCUACUUUUAGGAGCAGUUUUUCAGUGCUUAUUAGCGUUGAUGUCAGCUGGUCAAUUAGUCAAGUUAUUUGCUCCGGUAGAGAAGACAGUCAGCUGCCUAACAAAAACUCUUUCUGCAGCUUUGAAACAGUAUCACUACUGAUGGUAUCCACCUUAUCUCUAUCCAGAAAUGUUUCUAAAUAACUUUCUAUAACUUGUCAGUGCAGGAAAAGAAGAGGGUAAAGGAUUCAUAAAGCUGACCAGCAGUGCUCAAAUUUAAGUCGCUAUAAUGAUGAAAAAUGUGAGUGAUUUUAAAAUCUUACUUUUAAAAUACAUCUUGGUUACACCCUACACAUCUGUAACUGGCCCAUGCCUACAUUUCAGCUAGUUUUGAAUUCCACAGCAAUGAUUUUUGUUUGCAUUAAACCAACAAUAGACAUAAAAAGCUAACCUCAGUUUGUUCUCAAAACACACAUUUUAUAUCUCAGAAGCUAAAGGAGCUUCUUUUUUGUUCAAGCCGUGUGAAACAAAACACUCGUCUUACACAACCACUCUGUUUUCUCACACUCCUUUGAGCAAUACUUUCCUGAUUUCACACUGAACUCCAAAUUCACUAAACUAGCUACAGUGAUCAGCAACAUGUUAGCAUCGCAAUAAUUGGACCGUGCCAUCUUACUCCAGAUCCAACUCUGGUGUCACAACAGCGAGAAGUCAGUGGUGCUGACAGACGAGACUUCGGAGCAGAAACAUGUCAGACGACUUACUCCGAUGCAGAUGAGACGGUCUUUCUGAUCGCUGUGGGAAGAAGGAGAAACGCGUCAGCUCUGCUGCUGUCAUUUUCCCAGUUUUAAGAUUGAAAAGCUCUUUCACACAUUUUGAGAGAAAUCAUUCAUGCUGACAAGCAUAAUUAUGAUAAUUACGAAGGAAGGUAACAUCAUUCAAAACGCUUUUGCCAAGGCCUUUAUGCACAGGAAUCAAACAUGUGGACUGCAUGGUUUAAACUAGUCUAAGGGCAAAUUUUGACUCCUAAAGACGAAGUGCACUGACUAUACUAUAAUGCAUUUACUUAUGGUCUGAGCAAUGUAUGUUUUCUACUUCACGUGAAUGCUUUGCCCUGUGAAGUCUUACCUCUUUUGAAGACUUGGUCUUGCAUAUCUAAUGUUAGAAUGUAGUGAUUUGUAUUGAACAUCAGUGUUAGCUGACAUAUGCUGUACAUUUAGUUAUGCUCCAUUCUUUUUAAAUAUUCUGCUGAUGUACAAUCCGAACAAUGAGUUUAUGUUGUAUUUUUCUGUCUGAGAGAGAGUGCGCUUUCUUUACGACGCUGAUGUUUGAUGGGGCUAGGGGAGGAUCUUCUUUGAUUGUUUUGCUUUUUGAAGCGGCCACAUUAAGUUUAAAAAUGUGAUCAGUUUUCUUUCAGUUUAUUACUGAGGAAAGAAGCUCAUGUUAUUAUAAACUGCACAAAUGUAUGGACUCUGGGUGAGGCGUUCUUAAGCAACAGCAUUAAGAACGAACGCUCGCUGGUAUGAAUGUAAACUGCCAACUUUUUUCCUUAUUUUUUUUUUUUCUUUAAUUGCUGGUUGCAAUUUAUUUCUUACUUUCUGAAUGAACGAGACCUUGUGCAAAAGGUUUCGAGCACCUGAUGGUUUCCAAUAAUUAACUCAGCCGCCCUAUUAAUGAUCUAGCAUUUUGAGUGAUUGUAAAUAGCUGCAUCUCUACCGGCUGCUUUUUUAUUCUUAGUUACCUGUCAGCCUUGCUGGUUUGGACGGAUCCUGAUGAGUUUGUAUUUGUGUCGCCGGGGAAUGCUCCGCCUGACGAAGAGGACGAUGAGGGAGGAAUGUGCCAACAGUGGCAGUCAAAAAGAGGGGGCUUUGCGGGGUUCAGCGCUGACUCCCUCUCUCUCUCUGAUGCUGCUGCUGGACUCUGGACUGAGGUCGCACGUUCCAAGAACGCCUAAGCACUUGUAGCACAACUGUGUCCUGUUUUGCUAUUACUGUACAGUACUGAUUGUUAUGCUUUUUCUCUUUGGUCUUAACAUUUCCCAUCAAGAUUGUGGAUGCUGUUUCCCUUUCUCCUGUAUUAUCAGCUGUAUGUAUGAUAAGCAGAUAUAUCCACGGUUACACAGGCUUUUGCUUUUUUGUGGAGGUAAAAAUUUGCCAAAGGUGACAAUACUGUGAUGUACAAAAUGUAUUAAUACUCCUUGAACUUUCCUAGGUUUUGCCACUUUAAAAAGAAAAUCUGUUUUUGUUGUACUUCAUGUGUUAGAGACCCACAAAGAAGAUGAUAGAGGGAGUAUAAAUUGUUUUAAUUAUUAUUUUUUUUGCAAAUAAUUGUGGUGUCCAUUCAGGCCCCUCAGUCAAACCCUUGUCUUUUUAUUGAAAUUACCAACGUCUCUACUAGCCUUGCAAGUAUACAGAUUGAAUUUUCCCCUCAAAGUCCUAAAUUUGCAGUACCGUAAUUCUGCCACACGUUGCGCUACCUAAAAAAUUCCAAUGAUUUCUGAAAGGGGAGACGUUGCGCUUUCCAGGCAAUAUCAGGUUAUUACGGUAAUUUCACUCCUGCCCUAGCAGGAAGUGAAAUUAAUCUGACGGUAAAUUGGGAAAAUAACUUGUGGAUAUUGAAAGUUCCAGUUUUUCUGGAUAAAUGGGCAAAUAUAUUUCUCACAGGACAUUUAAAGAACUGCAUACAAUUAAAAUAAGCAAACAUAUCCAUUAUAUCCAUUUAAAUUUAGGACACAAAGGAUAUGCAACACGUUUUUUCUCAUUCGAUAUUGUCUGCUGUUUAGCUCCAUUAAGUUUCUUGCUGAAGAAAAGCAUCCCCACAGCAUGAUGCUGCCACCACUAAGUUCAACAGAGACCACAGAAUCUUGUGUUUUGGUUCUCUUCUGCAGCUGUGAUUACAGUUGUUACUUUGUCUUCAUGAUGCUAUUCGUUUUUACAAAUGCUCUCGCACAAUCUUCAGAUGGAUUUAUGCUGAGAUUAAAUUAAACACAAGGCAGACUACGUUAAUCAAUAAAGUGGUAUCAGCACUGAAUUUAAUUUGUAGGUGUCAGAGCAAAACGGGCAGAAUACAAAUCCACAUCACACUUUUCAGAAUGUUGGUCUAUCGCAUGAAAUCCCAAUAACCCAGAUUGAAGUUUGGGAUUCAGAAGUGGCAAAAUGUAAAAAGAAGUUCCAGGGGUGUGAAUAUUUUUGUGAGGCAUUGUAAGUGUUGCUUAUUUCCCCCUUGACAUCAGACAUAUUUUGUCAUACUCACUUAAAAAUAUUGGUUGUUAUUGUUUUUUCUUUUGGAAAGAACUCCUGCCCACGUGCCAUCUAAUUAAGCAAUAAGUACAACCAGACAAAACAUGAAAGUAACGAUCCCCUACGCAGAUUUUCCUGGAAAAGAUGAGACGCUGCAUUCACAUCACACCCCUUUUAUGGCACCUAUUGCAGUGGCACAGAUGCCAGCAGACUAUUGGCAAUGGCUUCUCAUUAAAUCAGCCUGUAGGGGAGACUGUAAAGUGUUUUUCUUGUUUUGUAUUUAUUUUUUUUUACUCAAAGCUGAAGUGCACAGGUGUACCUCUGAAUAAUUGUAAAGAUGCCAAAAAGAAAUGACAGAAGAGGGAUGACGGAUGCUAAACAACACACAGUUCAAGCAGACACGAGGAAGAAACGGUGCAGCUGCUCUGAAAGCGUUUUCGGCUGUAAACGCCUCUCAACUCAGCUCCUAGACUCCCGGUUAAUUUACUCCGCCAAGACAACUGAACAUGUUAAUCAUGCAGAUGUUUUACUACAAGUGAGACUGACAGCAUUUCUUUAAAUCUCCUUGUUAGUAACUGUAAAACUGUAAAGUAUAUUUCAAUGUAAAUAGCACUUUGGGUCAUUUUUACACCUUUUAUAACUGUGAAUAUGGAUUUAAAUUUAUAUUAAAAAUUAUAUUUACAAAUGGUCUCAGAGCCUCAACAGUGGUGCAGGUGCGACCUCACCGCAAACCCACAAUGAGUGGCAGCAAACCCUUUCAGAGGCAGCGGCGUGCGCCAUCUUAGCCCUGGUUCCUGUGACCCAGUCUUUGUCCCGCAGUGACGGGUUCAGCCACAGCCUUUUCUCUUCAUGCCUGUCUGCUUGAACUCUCCAGAUGAGUGUCAAAGAGCUGGAGGCAGAGGCUUUGUGAGCUUGUAGCUCAGGACCGAGCCUGUGUAGCUACAUGGAGCUGCUGUGAUGCAAAUGCACUCUGUGCCCCGGAGCGCUGUCGUGGUUAUUGUCUGUUACCAGGAAACCGAGCCGCACAAAAAGCACAGCGGGGGACAGACACACAGCCACGCUGUGGGGAGGCAGACUGGUCAGGCAGGAUGCCCUGAUGGAGGGACAGACAGAAGGAUGUAGGAUGUCAGAAGUUGCCACAAGGGGAACCCUUUAACAAGUGUUUCAAAGUUUAAAACACAAAAAUAAAGGAAGGGAAUAGCACUGGCUGAGAAAAAUAAGGUGCAAACUGUUGUAAACACAGGUAAAGUGCUGAGUCAAGCUUUGCACUUUUAGGAUGUUUUCACAGCUGGUAGUCCGGUAGACUCUGUUCGAUUGGGGAACAAAACUCGCAAAAUUUGUCACAUUGCCAACUGCGGCGCUUCGCUUUCACGCUGCACUGUGUCAACAAUCCAAACCCUUUGAAAAAAAUCCUCGCCUGUGGUGGCGCUGUACCAAAAGCCACCGAAGGAAACAACACAGAAACCUCAGAAGAAGUCAUGAGCUAACUUCCUUCUUCACAAACUGUGAACAGAUUUUAGCGGUUGCAGGAUUUGUCUUUAGUCUUUGGUAAAAGACUGCGGGUCGUUUCCUGCUAAUGCUAGACUUUCGCGUUUGUUUUGGUUGUAUUUACCCAGAGUGCCCUGCUUCUGAAGCAGUCUCCGGGUCGCUUGGCAUUCACAUAUGCAUUUGAACCGUUCCAGAGUUCACUUUAACCGAACUGAGACCUAGGUUUGUAGUUCGCUUACUUGGUCCGCAUCAGAGUUUGAUUGUGGAUUCACACUUCCCCAAACGAACCAGACAUUUUCGGCAAACAGACCAGAGUUCAACUGAAGUGGACUAAACAGGGCUGGUGUGAACACACCCAUAGUGAUCUCCAACUGGGAAUAAAACCGAGUAGGCAGUAAAACAUCAUGAAGGCAUGGCAGGUUCAAUCAGUCUGCCCCAUCCUCAGUGAGGCUGCACUGGAAAGCUGUCUGUUAGCCUUCAGCUCCCUUUGUGUCAUUCCUUUGACAGAAUGCUGUAUUAUCACACCAGGAUUGCUAUUAUUGUGACUUUACCCCAUUUCUUUUAUACUGACAACUGGGACAUUGUAUAGCUGUAAAGAUUGACUGAAUGAUGACAUGGUGUACAUAUGCUGUAUCGAUUAAAGACAAUGCAUUGAGCUUUUACAUGC